CUUGGCCUAUAAAGCACUCUUGAGCUUUGGGAUCUCAAUUCUCUAUAUCCCUUUGAAAGAGAGUGUUCAAGUUCAGAGAGAGGGAGAGAGAUUAGAAUUUAAGAACAAAUAUGGUGAGAGCUCCUUGUUGUGAAAAGAUGGGACUGAAGAAAGGGCCAUGGACUCCUGAAGAAGAUCAGAUUUUGAUCUCUUACAUUCAGCAAAAUGGUCAUGGAAAUUGGCGUGCACUCCCCAAACUAUCAGGUCUACUAAGAUGUGGGAAGAGCUGCAGACUCCGGUGGACGAACUACUUGCGACCAGAUAUUAAGAGAGGAAAUUUCAACAAGGAAGAAGAAGAAACCAUCAUUAAGUUACAUGACAUGCUUGGGAAUAGAUGGUCUGCCAUUGCAGCAAGAUUACCGGGAAGAACUGACAAUGAAAUAAAAAACGUGUGGCACACCCACUUGAAUAAAAGGCUCAAAAAUAAUCAAACCUCUCAGGGCACCAAGAAACACUCUAAUGCUCCAAUGGAAUUUAAAAAGGAAAGCUCGGCGAAGGAGGUUUCUUCUACUGCACUAUUUUCGCAACUUGAAUCCAUGACUUCUAAAUUCAGCAACCUCACCGGUACGCCGAGACUUGGCAUAAAUGAGAGUCCUCGAUGUGCACCAGUUUCACCACAACACUCCUGUAGCGCACUCUCAACAGUGACCGACUCAUCGGCCAUGACCAUGGUAACAAAUAACAUGGCCAUCAAGGAUGAAGAAAUGGACUAUUCAUCGGAGUAUUUUCCAGAAAUCGAUGAAAGUUUCUGGUCAGAAGAGUUACCAGCAAAAACGCAAUCAGAUAUUUCCGGUGGCACCGAUGAAUUACACUUUGAAAUUCCAUUAUCGCCGGUUAAUAUUAGCACAGAAUGUGUAGAUACACACAGUGCAACUAUUGACAAUGACAUGGGCUUUUGGUACAAUGUCUUCUUUAGAGCUGGGGAAUUACCAGAAUUACCAGAGUUUUGAAGACUGGUUUGAUUUGUAUUUUAGGACUAGUUAUAGUUAUUGUCUUUGCCUUAAUAAAAAAAUGAUAAAU